CAGAUAAGGUUAGCCUCCACGCGCUGCCUGUGUUACAGUGAAUAAACACAAAGACAGAGGAGAGAGGAGCUGAAACGCAGCUGGAGGCUCAGAAAAAGUUCGACUCUGAGCAGUUGUGGAUACAGACUAAUGCUUUGUGAGCUGGUACCUUCAAGUGAACAACCACCGAGCAGCAGAGCGGGGGCAGGAGUGAGUUCCUGUGUCGACAACAGCUCAAAGUUUGGGAGUUUCUUCGCGGACAGAGAGGACCUUGCUGCUGCGCUUGUUUUGAUUAUUUAUUAUUUUUUUAUUCUAUGUAUACCAAGAUGGAAACUACUUUCUAUGACGACUCGCUCAACGCUUUCUCCAAGCACGACGCGGCCGGCUACGGGUUCAGCAGCAGCAGCAGCCCCAAGGCGCUGAAACGCGCCAUGACGCUGAACCUGUCCGACCCGGCCAGCUCUCUGAAGCCACAUCUCCGCGCCAAGGCGGCCGACAUCCUCACCUCCCCGGACGUGGGUCUGCUGAAGCUGGCCUCCCCGGAGCUGGAGCGGCUCAUCAUCCAGUCCAGCAACGGGCUCGUCACCACCACCCCAACCCCGACCCAGUUCCUGUGCUCGAAGACCGUCACGGACGAGCAGGAGGGCUUCGCGGAGGGGUUCGUCCGAGCCUUGGCGGAGCUCCACCACCAGCACAUGCCCGCCCCCACCGGCGUGACCUCGGCUCCACAGAGCAACACGGCCCUUCCACCCGUGUCCUCCGCCUCUGUUUACACCAGCAGCGACCUGCGCUCCGACUCUCCUGUUUAUGAGGAGCUGAACUCUUUCAACCCGGCCAUGAGCUCCGUGCCAGCGCCGAGCUACACCACCUCCGCCCCGGCCAUGUCCUUCCCCGCAGCCCCGCCUCAGCUUCCCAUUUACGGCCACCCGUCCUCCGCCUCACUCCCGCGGCUCGCGGCCCUCAAGGAGGAGCCCCAAACCGUGCCCGAGAUGCCCGGGGAGACCCCUCCUCUGUCCCCCAUCGACAUGGAGAGCCAGGAGCGCAUCAAGGCGGAGAGGAAGCGCAUGAGGAACCGCAUCGCCGCCUCCAAGUGCCGGAAGAGGAAGCUGGAGCGGAUCUCCCGGCUGGAGGAGAAAGUGAAGACCCUGAAGUCCCAGAACUCUGAGCUGGCGUCCACCGCCAACAUGCUGCGGGAGCAGGUGGCGCAGCUGAAGCAGAAGGUGAUGAACCACGUGAACAGCGGCUGCCAGCUGAUGCUGACGCAGCAGCUCCAGACCUUCUGAAGAGGAGAGGACGCGUCUCCCACAGAGCAAAGACAAAAGUAACGAAACGUAAAUGAAUAAAUAAAAACCUCGUGGCAGGAUUUGGGAUGAUGUGGCAGGACUGGGGAGGGGGGUCAUAGAGCGUCGUUAAGUUGUCACCCCCCCACCUCAUGUCAGAGAUGGGCUUGGAAAAGAGUAGAACCAAGAGACUGUUUUUACAGACAGACUGAAGUUUUCUUGAUUUUAUUUCUAGCUCUGCGUGGACUGGAUCAUUGUCCGUGUUGGACUGAAGGACCUGGACUUUGGUUCUUGCUGCAGACACUUCGGGCGUGUUUCGACGCUGACGCUUGAAAAGUUGUAACAAAUGCUGUCGACCUCUGAUCCAGUACAAAACCUUUUUUUUCUUAAUUGUAAGAAAUGAAAAGCUUUUAGAAUUACUUGUAAUUUCUAAAACUGUUUUAAUGGGGUUUCACUCAUUAUUAUUAUUAUUAUUAUUGGUAUUUUUAUUAUUAAUUAUUAUUAUUUGUAUAUAAGAUCAACUUGGAGUACUUAUUUUUACGAUUUGUUUAUAAGAAAACCGUAUUUGUUUUUUUAAUUUCUUUAUUUCUGAGCACUUGAGGAGCUAAUCAAUAUUUAAGAGAAUAAACCAGAUGAA